UUUCACUUUCACAUUCCAGCGAAUUCUUAAAACUCGUCCCCAAUUUCUCCGCUUAUUAGCGUUGCCUGGAAGCGUUUUUUUUUUCUUUGUAGAAUAAAGUAGAUUUUUUUUUUAAUUUGACGGGGAAAAAAAACAAACAAACUAUGACCAUGGGUGCUGCAGACAAGAGGGAGGAAGUGAUUCAAGCAUGGUACAUGGAUGAUAGUGAUGAAGAUCAGAGGCUUCCCCAUCACCGUGAACCUAAGGAAUAUGUAUCCUUGGAUAAACUUUCUGAGCUUGGAGUACUCAGCUGGCGAUUGGAUGCUGAUAACUAUGAAAAUGAUGAAGAGUUGAAGAAAAUUCGUGAAGAACGAGGUUACUCCUACAUGGACUUCUGUGAGGUUUGCCCUGAGAAGCUUCCAAAUUAUGAGGAGAAGAUAAAAAAUUUCUUUGAAGAACAUCUUCAUACUGAUGAGGAGAUCCGUUACUGUGUGGCAGGAAGUGGUUAUUUUGAUGUACGGGAUCACAAUGAUAAAUGGAUUCGCGUGUGGGUGAAGAAAGGAGGCAUGAUAGUUUUACCUGCUGGAAUUUAUCAUCGCUUUACUCUGGAUACAGACAACUAUAUUAAGGCAAUGCGGCUCUUUGUUGGUGAUCCAAUUUGGACUCCGUACAAUCGUCCGCACGAUCAUCUUCCUGCAAGGAAGGAGUAUAUCGAGAACUUUUUGCAGGAGGAAGGUGGUGGCCAAGCCGUUGAUGCUGCCGCAUAAAAUCAGCAUUCAUCUCUGGUAUCGUGUCUUAUAAAAUAUGAAACCCCGGAUUUGCGGUAAUAAAUAAGUCUAGGCUUGUCUGCUUGCGAUGUGUGGAUAUGGAUCGUUAUGGUUGUUGCUUGCUAUAUAUUGCCUAUUCCAUAUCGAAAAUUCACGAACUUGCUAUUUUUUUCUACAUGUUAUGUGCUUACUACUGGAUAGGGUCUUAAUAAUCAAAGUUUACAUCAUAUACAUUUCUA